GUUUAUCAUAUACACGUAUUUAAAACAUGCCUCGAAAUAAAACGAGUCCCUCUCAUUCUGAGAUAUUAGCAAUGCGACAAUUUGUCUUACGGUACAUGAAGGCAACAAGACCUCAUGAAGCUGUAAGCGUGAGAGGUCUCUUUGAAUAUGACAAGGAUACUUUUAGGAGUUUUACUUCACCGAAGGAGUCACAGAAAAUGACUUGGUCAAACAGAGUCGAAAGAAAUGCUAUGAAGAUAGGAAGGAGAUUUAAAAGGGAUAUGCCUUCUUGGGACGAUGUAUUGUCAAUUGAAAACGUAAAGAAAAAUAAACCUAUCGUUGUUCCUGCUGAAGAUUUCGAUGAUGAAGAGAUGGAUAUACAAAGAGUUUAUGUUUCCAAACCGAUGCUAUCCCAACCCCCCAUUGCGCAUCAGCAAACUACGGAAUUGGAUGGUUCCGGUGGUAAAUUAUAUAAGGGAAGCUUAAGCGGUCCAGUAAACACAGGUGAUUCCUUUAAUUCCAACAGAGCAUCCGAAGGAGGACCUCUCUUUAUACCAUCUCCCAUCCAAAUACCUCGUUCUAUACGAACCCAACAACAAUCACCUGCAAAAGCAAAGUCUGCUCCCACACAAGUACCAGGAGCUGUAAGCAAAAUACAAGCAUCAUCAACGCACCCAGUCCCAAAAAUGGCACCUACUGGAUCGUUUGACAAGUCCCCAUCUCAUGCAGCAUCAUCUUCCACCUCGAAAAAUGUAAAUAUACCUCCCAAGGCAUCCUCUUCUUCCACAACAAAAAAGGGACCACACACGCUAGCAUCAUCUAAAACUUCAACACAAGAAAAUGGAGCACCUCCAGCAAUAGCAAGAUGUCCGGCUAUUACUGAAUUGCUUUUGAAGAUUUUCAGUAUUCAAAAUUCUCAACGACUGGAGUUACAGAAACAAACCAACGAUGCGUCUAAAAAUCUCAAGGAGAACCCUCCCUCACUGGGUGCACCAUUACCUCCUGUAACAACUAAAAAUCCCAUUGACACAAGCGUAACCGAGAAAGUCCAGAAACCUCAAGACCUUGCACCUAAACCAACCGAAAGCACGGUGAAACCAACCCUUCCAAAGGAAUCCAUCAGCUCAAAGCCCACCACUGAAAGUCGAGCUAUUUGGAUCACAUACAAAGACCAUCAUCCCGACCUGAUCCAUUUACGGGACGCAUCAGAUAACCUCUCUUCGACGCAUGUCAAUGACAGUUCUCUCGAUGAUGGAACACAACGUUUGCCCAUGUUAGAUACCUCAUAUAACCAAUAUCCCGUUGUGGGAAGUCUGCCUACGCCUGGUAUAGAAGAAAAUGACACGAAUGAGGAUGUAUCAGCGACUUUUGAAAUAAAUGCUGCAAAAACGAGCCGAAUACGUGCCGAUGUAUCGCCCGACCCACCAUCGUGUACCGAUGGAUCCAUCAAGAGCAAAUCAUUGCUUUCCAAAUCAAAUAGUAGGCCAGCCUAUGAUGAUUCAAUUUCGCCGUUUCAAAAAAACGCUACUUUGAGCGGACUAAGAAGACAUGCGUCUGAAAGUCAAGAUGCCUAUCCCGUAUAUCGGCACACUGUAUUUGAGCCUAUGAAGGACAUUUUUGUAUAUGCGAAUAAAUCUUCCAGAGACAUCCACUCUAAAGAUCAAUCGACCACACUCAAAAGUGCAUCGAACCCUGUUCUAGAAAGUCAUCCUGUAUUAAGUUCUUCCGAAAUCAAUUCUUUCAUGCCUGAUAAAACGAUGGAUUCAUUACCCCAAAAUCCCGCAGAAAAUAAUUCUAUCUCUACCGAUAAAACGUUCAAAAAAAGCGUACCGGUUGAGAUGAACCCUUGGAAGACCACAGUGGAAGAUUGGUCUGAUCCAACAGAAAACAAUUCUGUGCUUGCUGAUACACCUUCCGUGCCUGCUGAUACACCUUCUGUGCUUGCUGAUACACCUUCCGUGCCUGCUGAUACAUCUUCUGUGCUUGCUGUUGCACCUUCUGUGUGCGUCGAAGCAACUGCUUUAACAAGGGAUAAAAGUCCAUGUAACCUUCCAGAAGACAAUCCUAUGGUUGACGAAAUACUAAACUCGAACAGGUCGCAAAACAAAGCAGCAUUCACCGCCUUCAACAAGAUGAGAAACGUGGUACUUGGCACAACCCAAGCUACUGUUGAUUAUGAGGAUUUAGCCAAGAUUAAAAAAAGAUACAAACAGCAUUGUAAAAAGAACAGAAUUGUGCUCAAGUCAGGCACUGUAGUUGAAGAAGUGAUGGAGUUUGCUGCAGAAAAUAUUCCUCUUGAACAUGCUGUACAUUCGUUUAUCUUUGAUAUAGAAGAUGAUCUUUGGGAUGAUAUAGCUGCCUUUACAGCUAACGACGAAAAAGAUAUUGAGAAUAUGAAACCUAAUGCAUUUCUUGAGAAGGCGGAUGUACCUUUGCACAGUGUUUUUCAACUCUUGAAAGGAAAAACUACUUUUGAUAGCUUAUAUGUUGCCAUCUCUAGUAUCAAGGUGCAUCCUCACAAAUCACCCGCAUUAUACUGGGUUAAAGAAACAUUGAUGAAUGCAUUGCGAUUAUUCACUAACUCUCCCACUAUGUCCAUAUCAGACUUUUCAAAUGUGGGGGAUCUGUUAGAUACCGUUUUCGGAUUUAUUGAAAAAAUCAAGUAUACGGUAGCAGGAUCAUCUGUCAAAGGAAUUUUUAAUCGCGAGUCUGAUGACGAAACGAUCAAUUUAACAUUGAAAUAUAACUCGUUGAGUAUGUUGUAUGCCGAAGCCAAUUUCCAACAGGAGAGAGACAUCUAUGAAUCAAAAUAUCUUGAUGCAAGAUAUCUUAGAAUACCAAAGGUGCUAAAAGACUUCUUAUCCGAGGCAGUGGAUAAGUAUCCUCAAAGUCGCGAAACAAUUAAAACAAUAGGAUUCAUCAUCCAGGGUAAUGUCAAGAGAGUUCUUAAUUCAUAACUAGCCCUAGUUCUAACAACAGGUUUACUGAUAGGAUUCUCAAUGUGCGGAAUAUAUCAAGAAUGCACACAUGGAUCUAUUACUUUAGUCAAGGAAAGUGCUAGACUUUAUUUCCCGGAAUCGUUGACUGAAUUCGUUGUGAAAAUCAAACCCAUUAUUCAUCUUCUUUAUAAUACGAUCCUCAUCUUGGAAAAUAAUAUCCAAGGAUUCGCCAAAGACGAUGAUGAAUAUUCUCUUCGUAAAAGAAAGCAAUCGAUCACUCCAAGCUUCUCACCAAAGAGACCCAGAUUAGUAUAAUUCUUUGUUUUUUUAUUUUACCUCCCGAA